CUGGUGUUUCUGUCUUGUCUUUGUCGGGUCAUUGUUUAUUGUCACCCAGUGUUGCAGUUUGUUCUCGUGUCUCCAGCCUUACUCACCGUGUCUCCCUGUUACCCUGCUCAGUUUUGGAUUCUGGUUUUCACCCUUUUGGAUUUCUGUUGGACAGCCUUUGUUUUUGGACUCAGUCAAUCAGCCACUCUGUUUGUAAGUGUUCUCGAGAGGAUAAGCGCCUUGACGAGGCUGCUCCGCUGUUAGGGCUGAUGUCAGCCACUCACGUGGUGGUCCUGCUGGGCCUCCUUCACAUGAAGAGACUACAGUGGUUGUUCAUACCGUCCUAGUGCGCUCGGCUCAGUUGCUGAGCUUGGCCAGGCGGGUGCUGCUCUGGGCGCUUGCUCUCCAUCAGAGGGGAUUACAUUCCUGGCAUGCUGAACAUCAUGUUGCGUCCGUCGCCAGGAGCCUUCAGUCCGACCUGAUCGCUUGGAUCUGGAGCAGAGGCAAGGCAGAGGUGGAUCUGUUCGCUGCACAAGAGAACACUCAGUGCACUCUGAGGUUGUCACUGAGACCACGAGACGCUCCCCUUGCUGGUGGUUGAACUCUUUUGUGUAACCUCUGUUCCUCUAUCGGCAGCUAUAUGCCUUCCCCCUAAUCUGGAUGAUCCCCCGGGUCUUGGACUGUGUGCAGGGAGCGGGCAUGUCAGCGAUCCUGAUUGCCCUUGGUGUCUUAGUUCCCAGUUCAGUGUUUUUACUUCUGAGUCCUGUUUUCUUAGCUUCAGUCUGUGUUCCUUGUUGGUGUUUAUUUGUGAUCUGUUUGCUUGUGUCUGUCCCCCCCAGUAAUUCCUCUGCUUGCUUGUCUGCUAAAUACUUUGAAUUCCAGUUAAUGUAUGGUCUUGUGUUUUGCAUCUGUGAGUGUCUCUCUGUUCCCCACUGCUGUCUCUCUGCCUGCCUCGUUUAGCCCUGAUCCCGGUCACCUGUGUUGCUCCCGCCCUGCUUGUUAGUCCCUGUGUUUAAAUGUUUGGUGUUUCUGUUCAUUGCCUGUCCGGUCAUUGUAGUGUGUAGUAUUCAUACACUCCGUUGUGUCGUGAUGAGUGUUCUGCCUUAUUUUGGAGCUUCCUGUUGUGUUUUUGGAUUAAACCCUGUGCACCUUCAGUCUACUCUCCAGUGUCUUGCGUUUGGGUUCAUGUCUCCUCUGCACUCACCCACGGAAUCAUGACACAACUGUCUUGGAUACAUCAUUGCAGAGGGUCAGGUCAAGAUGGACCCGGAGAAGUUGAGCGCCGUGCUGCAGUGGCCCAGGCCAGAGAACCGAAAGCAGCUAAAGAACCGGUGGAUGUCCUGGUCAAGGAGGUGUUCCUCACUCACAGCCUGCCCACUGACAUCGUCUCUGACCGUGGGUCCUAGUUCACCUCUGCGGUUUGGCGAGCCUUCUGCCUUGCCAUCGGUGCUACUGUCAGAAAGGGCCAAUCAGAAGAUGGAGUCGGGUCUUUGCUGUCUGGUCUCCACUAACCCCACUACCUGGUCCUCCCAACUCCCCUGGGUGGAGUAUACCCACAACACACUGCCAACCUCUGCCACAGGUCUGUCCCCCUUCCAGUGUUUAUAUGGCUAUCAACCCCCCUUGUUUCCUGCCCAGGAGAGAGACGUUUCAGUGCCCUCUGUUCAAGCUCACAUCCGCCGGUGUCACCGGACCUGGCACCUUGCCAUGAAAAUUCGCCCUGUUCCCCUGGAUCACCUGUCCCCCCUGCCAGCCUGCACAGUCGUCAGGAGAAAUCUCCGCCUCGCCUGCCAGCUCCCACAGCUUCUCCCUCCCCUACAGAACCCGGACCUUGCCAUGAUCCCCUCAGCUUACUCAUUCUCUCUGUCGUUCUCUAAUAAACCUCUUUUAUCCACCUCCAGUCAGCUCUUGGGUUCAGUUACGAGACCUGACAGACAGUUUGAGUGUACAAGAAGUCAUUGCUAAAAUUGACCAACUAAAGCAAGCUGCUGAGAGCCUCCAAGACAUCACUUCAAUAAUAAACCAGCUAUCUGAGCUUGCAAAGUCCAAAACCACAACAGUAAUGCCAGAUGCCUGUCUGCAGCCUUUAAAGGACGCCUUUACCUCUCUAAUUUGUAAAGGUAUGUGUAAGUUAUGUAACAGUAGGUACAGUACAUGUUAAUUUCCUUUUAUAUUGAUGUAAUAUCAUUUUCUGCUAUUUAUUUU